AUGACACUGUGGUAUACAAGAGCAGCUGCGAAAGGAGCUUUAGUGAGUGGACAAUUGUGGCAGCCGUAUGGUUUAUUGAGGAUGACGAGUAAGUGUAUGAGCAGCAAUUGUGAUGAAUUGGACGCCAUUUUCAAACAGAAGCGAACUCUCCGUACUCAGGUCAGAAAAACUCUCAAGGCCAUCGACCCCUCCCUCAGAUCUCAACAAGACAACGCUAUUCAGGACUUAAUUUUGGGAGCUCCGUGGUUCAAAUCAAGUCUUAGGUUAUGCGCAUACAUAAGUUGCAGUUCUUUACGGGAAGUCGAUACUUUCAAACUCUUGUCACACAUUUUGCAACCUCACCCCAAUGGUGGUAAAAAACUAUAUGUACCGCGUGUUGAAGAUAAAAACAGUCACAUGCGUAUGCUUAACAUAUCGCAUAUUGGUGACCUUGUUGCAAACUCAAUGGACAUCUUAGAACCGGCUCCACUUGAUGCUGUUGGAAAUGCACGUGAAGAUGUUUUGCAGGCGAAUGACCCAGUUGAUAUUUUGCUCUUACCUGGAUUGGCAUUUGACAGAUCUGGAAGACGUUUAGGCCGUGGUGGAGGUUAUUAUGAUACCUUCCUGAAAAAUUACAAGGAGCUUGCAGAGACACGCAAUUGGAAGCAGCCCUUGCUUGUUGCACUUUCAUAUUCUCAACAAAUACUAGAUGAUGGAGUAAUACCAGUUACUUCAACUGAUAUUCCAGUUGAUGCUCUUGUAUCUCCAGAAGGUGUAAUUCCCAUCAGUUCAGCUGCCUUCAACAGAAUGGAUCUCUGA